AUGAGCAUUAAUUUAUAUGCAAGAAAAAGAAGUACAAGCCCUAUAAAAAAUAGCAAAACAAUAGAUUCUGACGAGUCGACUUUCGCUGUUUUAUCUUCAAGUUUCUCUUCGAUGAAUUUGCCUUACAGGUCUUAUAAAAAGCAGAUGAAGAGCUUAAAGUCUCCUUUUGGGUGCAUAGAUAGAGACAUACAACGACCUAGGCAUAUUAUAUUUCCAAAAAAGAGCUCGUCAUUAAUUGACUCACAGAAUUCUAUUGAUAACUCCUCAGACAGAUCUUCAUUCUCAGGCAGCAAUUCGAAGCUAAUACAUAACAAUACAUACCAAAUUCACAUUAUUUCUGAAAAGGAAGCACUGUCUCCAAACCCUGCUUUUAAAAUUAAAGAAGCGACAAAAGUUGACGAUACGUCUAAUAGGAAAAUUGCAGAAAAAUUCAGCCAGCUUGAUAAAAACCAUCAAAAUUUUACAGUUUAUAGUGAAAUCUUUAAUUUGGUGAUUAAAAAAGAUAAAGAAUUUGGAUAUAUUUUUUUAAGGAUGCUAUCUAAUUUUUUAAAUUUAUUUUUAGAUGAGCAUUUAAUCAUCUGAGACAUAUAUUUAAAAAAAAAAAAAUCAAAGAUGUUUAUGAUGCAAUGAUUUUAAAACAAGAGCAUGACAAAAACCAAUCAAUCAAAGAAGAAGAAAAUAAGCACAAAAGCCUUUCAAUAGAGCAGUCAAUGCUAGAAGAAAUGAUAAGGGACCUAGAAAAAGACAAAAUCAAACUUGAAAAAGAGCUAGAAGUUAAGGAAAACGAAAUUAAAGAGCUAGUGCACCAAUGUACAAUAAUUCCAAGUAUAAUCAAUGAAAACCAAAGCUUGAAAAACCAUAUGAUAGAACUAGAAAAAAAUUUUGACAAAUCUUUUCAUUUCCCUGGCAUUGGAAUGAACGAAACCUUAAAUAAGAUUUCCCACGAAAAGUCAGCGUUCACAAGAAAGCCUAGCUCAAAGACCCAGUACCCUUUGCUUACUCCCCUCCGUAAGUGAACAAAACCAUUGGAAAAUCCCUAUUUUUUGCCCAAAAACCCACCCUCCGUGAGUGAACAAAAAUUUUUUUAAAUAAAAAAAUUUUUUAUGAAAAAAAAAAUUGAUAUAUAAGUCUCGAGUUAAUUCUGUUUAUUUUAAACAAAUUACGUUUUAAAACAUAAAUUUUAUAAAUUAAGUUAAUAUUUGCUUUCCAAUUUUUGCAAAUUAGAAUUUUUUUAAAAAAAAAAUUAACCCCCCUCUGUGGGUGAACCAAAUUUUUUUGUUCACUCACAGAGGGGGGGAGCUAAGAAAAAGACUUCUUGCUAUCUCAAGCUUCCUGACCUAUCAUUGCCGGUGAAGACAAAGCAAUAA